ACUAAUAACUCAUCGACUAUCUCUCACGAUCAGUUUGUUUAUGCUGGAAAAUAUACCAUUUGUCUCGCUGACAGAUACGGGGUGAGUGAGAUUCUGAUCAUUUAACUUGGCUCAACAUAAUCACUCCAUAGGUGCAAUAUCAUGAGCUAUGCAAAGAAUGUGACAAAUGUGGUCAUAACUGCCAUGUUGGACGUCAUCAUGAUUUCUCGGUUGCAUGCCAUGUAUCAGCGAUCUAGCAUGAUGCUCAUCUUCCUUGUUAUUGUCUUUCUGGCUGUUAACAUUACCUGCGGAGUAAUCACAGCAAUCGUGCUCAAGGAUACUGUAGCAGAGGAGGUGAUAUUCUCUGACACGUAUAUGUGCUAUGAUAGAUUUGAAGGGGACGACCAGCUUCUGGUUGCAAUGGUUUGGAUGCUCAACACUGUUUGGGAGGUCCUCGCACUAUGUCUUUCAGUCUGGAUUGCUGUAAAACACUUUCGUGAACUGCGACGACUCGGCCCAUUGACAGGAUCGACCAUCGGGGACUGUUUCAGAGUGCUGAUAAAAUAUCACGUGCUUUAUUUUGCAAGCUUUGUUUGUGUCUCUUGCCUCCAGCUUGCUGAUUUCUUUCCAGAGCUCAAGAAUUCAAAUUCUAUUGGAGCUCAGACACUCAUUGGUUCUCUUCAAAUUUUAUGGAGAGUGCAGAUGUUUGUGCUGGGACCACGCCUCAUCCUUAGUAUUCGAGAAUAUUAUGCAAAACUUGUGGCCGACUCCAACGCAGAAACUAGCAUGGCUUCGAUUGUCUUCCAGGAGCGUGUAACAACUAGCAGUACUGUGUAGGGAAAUGCUUGCUGAGCGGUCCACAGGAAGGAGAAAUUCGGUGGAGGAUC